ACGUAUGUGACUGAUAUAAAGGCAGAAGAUAUAGAGGAAGAAGAAGAGACGUAUAUGACUGAUAUGAAGGCAGAAGAUAUAGAGGGAGAAUAAAAGACGUAUGUGAGUGAUAUAAAGGCAGAAGAUAUAGAGGGAGAAGGAGAGAUGUAUGUGACUGAUAUAAAGGCAGAAGAUAUAGCGGGAGAAGAAGAGACGUAUGUGACUGAUAUAAAGGCAGAAGAUAUAGAGGGAGUAGAAGAGACGUAUGUGACUGAUAUGAAGGCAGAAGAUAUAGAGGGAGAAGAAAAGACGUAUGUGAGUGAUAUAAAGGCAGAAGAUAUAGAGGGAGAAGGAGAGAUGUAUGUGACUGAUAUAAAGGCAGAAGAUACAGAGGGAGAAGAAGAGACGUAUGUGACUGAUAUAAAGGCAGAAGAUACAGAGGCAGAAGAAGAGACGUAUGUGGCUGAUAUAAAGGCAGAAGAUACAGAGGGAGAAGAAGAGACAUAUGUGACUGAUAAGAAGGCAGAAGAUAUAGAGGGAGAAGAAAAGACGUAUGUGAGUGAUAUAAAGGCAGAAGAUAUAGAGGGAGAAGGAGAGAUGUAUGUGACUGAUAUAAAGGCAGAAGAUACAGAGGGAGAAGAAGAGACGUAUGUGACUGAUAUAAAGACAGAAGAUAUAGAGGGAGAAGGAGAGAUGUAUGUGACUGAUAUAAAGGCAGAAGAUACAGAGGGAGAAGAAGAGACGUAUGUGACUGAUAUAAAGACAGAAGAUAUAGAGGGAGAAGGAGAGAUGUAUGUGACUGAUAUAAAGGCAGAAGAUACAGAGGGAGAAGAAGAGACAUAUGUGACUGAUAAGAAGGCAGAAGAUAUAGAGGGAGAAGAAGAGAAGUAUGUGACUGAUAUAAAGGCAGAAGAUAUAGAGGGAGAAGAAGAGACGUAUGUGACUGGUAUAAAGGCAGAAGAUACAGAGGGAGAAGAAGAGACGUAUGUGACUGAUAUAAAGGCAGACGAUAUAGAGGGAGAAGAAGAGACGUAUGUGAGGGGUGAUCAGCAGUGUAAGGAGGAGGAGAUCCCUACAGAUAUCAGCACAGAUGGACACACAAGCAGGAAUAUCUCAGAAGGAUAUCUAAUGUUAUCCCCGGAUUGUGACAUAAACGAUAAUGACAGCAGACAGGAUUCUCCAGGAGAUAACCCCAUUACCCCAAUUAUACAUCCAGCUCUAUCAGCUGAUCCCUCUGAUCCUGGGAAAUGUUCUCCUGAUCACUCUGAUAUUGGUGCAUCUGUUACAGCUCUGACAGUAGAUACAGUGUUUCCCUGUUCUAUAGAUGCCAUCUAUUUUACACAGAACACAAAGCUUAUAACCCAUCAGCCAGCUAAAGCAGGCGAGAGGCCAUUUCCAUGUUCUGAGUGUGGGAAAUGUUUUACAUACAAAUCAGCUUUUGUUACACAUCAGAGAUAUCACACAGGUGAGAAACCAUUUCCAUGUUCUGAGUGUGGGAAAUGUUUUGCACGGAAAUCAAAUCUUGUUAAACAUCAGAGUAGUCACACAGGUGAGAGGCCAUUUUCUUGCUCUGAGUGCGAGAAAUGUUUUACACGGAAAUCAAAUCUUGUUAAACAUCAGAGUAGUCACACAGGUGAGAGACCAUUUCCAUGUUCUGAGUGUGGGCAAUGUUUUGCACAGAAAUCACAUCUUGUUACACAUCAGAGAAGCCACACAGGUGAGAAGCCUUUUCCAUGUCCUGAGUGUGGAAAAUGUUUUGCACAGAAAUCAAAUCUUGUUACACAUCAGAGAAGUCACACAGGUGAGAAGCCAUUUUCUUGCUCUGAGUGUGGGAAAUGUUUUGGACGCAAAUCAGAUCUUGUUACACAUCAGAGAAGUCACACAGAUAAGAAUCCAUUUCCAUGUUCUGAGUGUGGGGAAUGUUUUGCACACAAAUCAGAUCUUGUUAUACAUCAGAAAAGUCACAGAGGUGAGAAUCCAUAUCUAUGUUCUGAGUGUGGGAAAUGUUUUGCACACAAAUCACAUCUUGUUACACAUCAGAGAAGUCACACAGGUGAGAAGCCAUUUUAUUGCUCUGAGUGUGGGAAAUGUUUUACCCAGAAAUCAAGUCUUGUUACACAUCAGAGAAGUCACACAGGUGAGAAGCCAUUUUAUUGCUCUGAGUGUGGAAAAUGUUUUACCUAGAAAUCAAGUCUUAUUAUACAUCAGAGAAGUCACACAGGUGAGAAGCCAUUUCCAUACUCUGAGAAAUAAAUCAGCUCUUGUUGCACACAACAGACAUCACUUAGGUGAGGAACCAUUUUAAUCUUCUGGAGUAUACUCAUCAUUGCCAUGCGUUUUUCUUCAAGGUUCUUAUCCUAUCUCCUAUGCUUUUUGCAAUAUACAUGCUACCACUGGGUGAAAUAAUCACAUGUCAUGCCUUCAUCUACCACUGCUAUGCAGAUGACCUGUCUUUUGCUCCAGGUACCCAGUACCAAUCCUAAAUGGUUGUCUAGCUGAGCUCCAGGUGUGGGUGAUGCCAGUUGGUUGUGACUCAGUCCUGGUGAAACAGGUCUUUAUGAUAGAAGCUCACCACCAAAGGGCAGGGCUACAGCUCAGCUUUGCAAAGCAACCAGACUUAUGCUUGGGGGUUCAGAGUUACAAAAUGCUGAUCAUGUGCGGAAUCUUGGUAUCCUGGAUGGUGGAGUGACACUUAGACAUCAGGUAUCUGCCACAAUCAGAUUGUCAUCUGAGGAACAUAGCCAGACUCCACCACUUAUUUCCCUCAGAAGAUCUACCUACAGUCAUACAUACACUUGUAUCAUCACGCAUAGACUACUUCAAUGUCCUCUACCUGGGUCUCCCAGCAAAAGAAUUGCACCGCUUGUAGCUUGUACAUAAUGCAGCAGCCAGGCUGUUACCUAACCAGCCCGUUCCUGCCACAUCACACCCAUUCUCUACUCCCUUCACUGGCUGCCGGUAAGAUGGGGACUAUUAAUCUUACUGACUCUCCCAGCCCUACAUGACCGGGGUCCAAGGUACCAGAAGCAGCUUCUUCCUCCUUACUGCCCAGCUUGAUUCCAUCUGUGAUGGACUGUUACCAGCAGUUCCAAGAAUCCUCAAGAAGUUCUGAGAUGUCAGAGGGGAGACAUGUUGGAUGGCACUAUUGUUGUGGUGGGGACUGCCGGAGGCACUAUCUGUGGCUAGUAUUCCCAAGCGGUGCUGAGGCGUCAGAGGGGAGAGACAGGGUGGGUGGCACUAGUGCUGUAGUUGGGUUGCCGGAGGCACUAUGGGUAAUUUCUUAUUCAUCCACUUGGGGUCACUGGAGUACUCUUGAGAUAUGAACUGAGAGUUAGCAGGAACAUGCACAUUUAAAUUAGUAACCCUCCUCCCCCUCCACACUCCCAAAGGUUCUUGACGUGGAGAGUUCUCCACAGGUUUUCUAUUUUUCACAGAUUUUUUCUUUUUUACACUCAAUCCCUUCCCAGAUUAUUAAGAAGCUUUGGUCCGGGAUUGUUUGUGCUGCUGCUGCAGCAAUUGGCUUGUCGUGCUCAGGAGAGGAGUACGAAUACGGCGGCUGCCGCGACUCUGUCUUCAAAAGGAGGAGAGGGGGGAGGCUGAGCGCAAUAUAUAUUGGCUAAUAUGGUAAUAAGUCUCAUCUUGCAUGCUUUAUUAUACUUGAGUAUAGGCAUGCACAUGGCAGGACGCCAUUUUAACCUUACUUCCUGGUUCUUCUUGCAGGAAGUUUGCUGCUGUCCUACGACACUCGCCCACUGGAGGAGUUGGGAUGUUAGUAGGAAUUCGGUACAGCACAGGUUUCACUGAUUAUAGUGUGUCCCACGUACACUGCACUUCUGGGUUAUACACACUUUAGUUACAUUUUUACUGAGUCGUGGGACUUGUCUGUUUUUUGUCUACUUGUCUGUGUACAUAAUGAGUAAGGAAAAUGCAAAAUCAAAAAAGCAGCUUAGCUGCAAGGUCUGUGAGAGUGUGUUACCUGACGGAACUGCUGCAUGCACAGUAUGUCUUGCAAAUACGAACCCAUACCCUGAUCCUCCUUGGGUAAUGUCUGGGUUACAAUCGGAAUUGGAAGCUGCACGAUAGGAGCGUGAGACGGCUAGAUCUGAGGCUAGGGUAAUACCAGAAGGGGCUCAGGAGAUGUCUAGGACUUUGCAAGGGUUACAAAAGUCCAAGUCUAGCUGAGUUCCGAAAGAUAGCAUUUGUUUUAUAACUUACCAGUUUCCUCGAUGUUGCAUUCUGACGAUUCAAUGCCAGACCUGAUAGCUCAAGAGGAACAUGAGGAAGGUGAUUUGGGCCAGAAGUCAGAUAAUGAGGUUACUUAUAGUCUGGCCAUUGAUAAUCUCAUCAGGGCAGUACAUCAGGUUCUAAAUUUUACGGAGGUUGAAGAACCUCUUUCAAAUGAUGAAAUGUUAUUUUCUAAAAGACGGAAAACACCGGUGUGUUUUCCUUAUUCAGAUUCUCUGAAUAAACAGUUAACAGAAGCAUGGAAGAAUCCGGAUAAACGGUUUUCUAUGACUCAGAGGUUUCUGUCUAGUUACCCGUUCCCAGAGUCUAUGACGUCUAAAUGGUGAAAUUGGCCGGCUGUGGAUUCCUUGGUGUCAAAACUUUCUAAGAAGUUAACCAUUCCAGUUCCAGCUGCUAUGACACUUAAAGGCCCAUCAGAGUGUAAGCUAGAAGCUAUGCUAAAGUCAGUGUAUACAGCAGUAGAGGUGUUUCUUAGACCUGCUUUGGUUGGAGUUUGGAUUAACAAGGUUGUAGUUGCAUGGGCAACACAGCUUAAGUUGGGCCUACAAGAAGAACAUAUGUGAAUCUGCUGAGUAUCUAGGUAUAGCUUCUAUGGACGUCGGCCUGGUUAGUUCUCACCUUUCAGCUUCACAAGUUGCAGCACAACGUGCACUUUGGCUGCAUUCUUGGCAGGCGGAGGCAGAGUCCAAAUGAGGAAUAGAAGCAUUGCCUUAUGCUGGCAAGAUGUUGUUUGGUCCUGAAUUGGACAAAUGGAUUUCUCAGGCCACUGGGAGAAAGUCUGUUUUCCUACCAUUGCCUUUACAGGUUCCUAAAUGCAAAUUCUCUGGAUCAGCAUUCAAAUCCUAUAGACCUCAGUCCUUUCGAGGCCAUACUAGAGGAACAACCAUACACAGUAGACAUGGUAGAUGACGUGGUUUUCAACAAACCACUAACCGUCAUGACACUAAGACGACCGACAAGCCAGUGGCAUGACGGGCUUCCAGCCCAUCUCGGAUCUUCAGUUGUGGGUGUCACAACUGAGGGCUGAGGCUGACUUAGGGAAGCCUCAGAUGUAGGGGCUGGUGUGUAGGUGAACCGUGGAGGUAAGAUUAGGUUCCUAGAAAUGCAGGAUGUUUGAACACCAUCAACCCGAAGGCGUGACCACAACAAUGGAGUAAAAUAUAAAAGUCAAUUUAUUGAACACAGUAUAUAUCUUGGCAAUGAGAUAUCUUCAACAGUGAGUGCAGAAUUAAAUGCAGUACAGUUCCUGGGAAUGCAACUGCUAUUUGAGACUGUGGCUAUGCAGAACAAGAUGACAAAAGUCCUUGACAAAAUCCGGAGUUGAAAAGUCUGUGGCCACAGUUAACCGCUGUAAUGAGGAACAAGCAAGUACUGUCCAGUAGGUGGCAGACAGGAGACUGGGAUAGGCACUGAUACACUGAGGUUGAAGUGAAGUAGAUAGAUUUGCUAGAGACUACCGAACGAAACCGGUGUGAGGAAAGAUGUGCUGAACUCACCACUGGAGCAACAGUUCGAUGGUGAGCAUUGAUGAAUACUGUGGUCCGAUGUUGUGUAGAAGGAGAUGCAGAGUGAUAUAUGAAUACCGCUGGAGAUGACGUGAAGCACUGCUGUAGGCAGAUGGUAACACCAAGCACUGCUGGAAGCCAGUGACACUUUACCACAGAGGCUAGUGAGCGAUGCUGUAGAUAAUGGAAGUAGUAACAAUACCAAGACACCGCUGGAAGCAGAGCAGGUCCACAGCUGGAAUCCGAUGUCAGGAUCGCAGUAGAUAGCCAGGAAGCAGAGCUGGAACACUGCAGGAGUCAGGCUGCACCGCAGGGUGGUAAUUGGUGCCGGUCUCUUGGAGAAGCUGAAUCACAGGAGCUGGAGUACCUGGAAAGUCAAGCUGGAAAUUCACCAAACAGGAGAGACAUGUAUGCAAGGAUUGACAACCAAAGCACUGACCCUUACCCAGCCCUGGAGCAGGAUAUUUAUACCAGCUGGUGAGCCUGGAUUGGCUGGAUAAUAUAGGCAGAGUCCAGACUGCAGCGGAUAGGCUGAAAACAACAUGAUAAAAAACAAACAUGGCUGCACCUAUGUUUGAAACUGGAAGGAAAGUCUGUCUGUACUUUACAUGUGGGAAUUGGCAGUAAUGGCGGCAGAGGCUGCAGAGGGCAGGAGAUGCCAUACUUUAAACAGAUGGAUGUUUCAUAUAAUGUUGCCAUGCCAGCGCUGCUGCAAUCAGAGAGGAGAACCUUGAGACACAGAUAUGCAGUGCGCUGCCCGCAGACAGCGGAGGUGGAAUCCAGGCCUUGAAUGCCGGGCCAGUCUCAGAAGGCACUUAGCAGGUAAAUAAUGGGGGUAAUAACCCGGAUCGUGACAGUGGGAGCACGCCUUCAGACGUUUCACUUGGCGUGGUUUCAGACAUCCAUAGAUGGGUGGAACCGCAAUUUAGUGUUCAAAGGUUACAAAAUAGAGUUCGAUUGUCUUCCACCAAUGCGAUUUUUCAAGACAUGUCUGCCUGUGUCAGGAGACAAGAAGGCGGUUCUGCAGACGUGAUUCAGUCUCUCGUAGACUCAGAAGGUUUGAUUCCGGUCCCAGAUCACCAACAGGGUCAAGGUUACUAUUCCAGUCUUUUUGUGGUACCAAAGCUGGAUGGUCCUGUCAGACCAAUAUUGGACCUAAAGGGGCUCAAUCAGUACAUUGCUUACUACAGAUUCAAGAUGGAAUCCCUGCGGUCAGUGAUUGCAGGUUUAGAGCCACAUAAAUUCAUGAUUUCUCUGGAUCUCAAGGAUGCGUACUUACACAUUCCAAUUUGGCCACUGCAUCAGGUGUACUUCAGGUUUGCAGUACAACAAAACCAUUAUCAGUUUCAGGCACUACCAUUUGGCCUCUUGUCAGCACCUCGGGUGUUCAUGAAGGUGAUGUCUGUGAUGAUAGAUCAUCUCAGAUCCCUGGGAGUGAUAAUAGUUCUGUACUUAGACGACCUUCUCAUCAAAGCUCCGUCUCAACAGAUACUCCUUCAACAUAGAAAUUGGUGUUGAAUCGGCGCUCCACAGUACACACAGACCCAAUUAAACUCUGAUAGCUGCUCACCAGUUGUGGGCGGGCUGCCCCAACAGAUUAUCAAUAAGAUCAAAAAAAGCAAAAGAAGGGAGCGCUAGGAGAGUUUAAUAUUACAUUUAUUAAUGAAACAGUGUUUCAAAUGCCACAUGAAUCACAAUAUAGCCUAGUAAAAAGUAUACACAUUUAUUUAAUAAAAUACUGUAUUAAAUACAGCUGCAAUGUAUCACCUGAAUUAAAAAAUAAAUAGUGAAAUGACACUUAAUAUAACCCGUAUUUUGGCCGUGCGUCAAGGACUAAAAGGUUUUAUGGAUUAGUUAGUUAGGAAAGAUGGGGACGUCUUUCGAAGCACUCCAGUUCGGAAGAUUUCACUCACGUCCUUUUCAACUGGAUGUUCUCGCACAGUGGACAGGCUCGCAUCUACAAAUUCAUCAGAUGGUGAGGCUGUCUCCAAGGGCCAGAAUACCACUACUCUGGUGGCUCCAAGUACACAAUCUCACAGCAAGAAAAAUAUUUGGAGUCUGGAAUUGGAUUAUUCUGAUGACAGACGCAAGUCUCAGAGGUUAGGGAGCAGUGGUCCAAAAUUGUCAGUUUCGGGGUCUCUGGUCAGACCGAGAAAGUUUACUUUUAAAAUGAAAAAAUGGAAAGCGUUAUGAAAAAUAAAUAAUUAUGUAUAAAGGAAAAAAUGUUAACAGAGAUAUGCGGUACCUGUAAAUGAAAUAGUUUGGUUAAAUCGAGAAUGUUUACACUCUUUUGAGUGAAUAUGUAGUGGAGUAGCCAGCACAGUGAGUUUUUAUUAACCUGGUUUGCAGGUGUCCUACCUUUCCCUGCGCUUAGGAUGUUCACAAGCCGCUGUGGCUCUGAUGUGUGUUGCCGCAUGGCGGCCGGCGGGGCUGGCAGCGUUUCAGAUCCCGCUGCGUCCAGCGGGACUGUGCACUCUGUAGUUUCUUUCCUGGCUCCAGGUGCAGCACGGUACAUAACAAGCGCAGUUAAUUUUAAUUUUCACAAGAAAGUUUACUGUCGAUAAAUGUCCUGGAACUCAGGGCAAUUUACAACACGCUGCGACAGGCAGUUCACAUGCUCCAGUCUCACUGUUCAGGCUCAGUCAGACAACGUGACGUCACAUACAGCAACAAACAAGGAGGAACUCAAAGUCGCAUGGCCAUGCGGGAAGUUGCUUGAAUCCUUAAGUGAUAUUGUUGGCAGUGUUUAUUCCAGGAGUGGACAACUGGGAGGCGGAUUAUCUCAGCUGGCAGGAUUUUCAUCAAGGGGAAUGGGCCCUAACUCCAGAGGUGGGUUUACCCACAGGUGGAUCUAAUGGCAUCUUGCCAAAAUCAUCAAACACCCCAGUAUGUGUCCAGAACAAGAGAUCCAAAGGCAGUGGCAGUGGAUACUCUCACAAUCACGUGUCCGUACAGCCUCAUGUAUCGGUUUCCACCUUUUCCACUGCUUCCUCAGUUGCUAAAGCGGAUCAAAUUACAGUCCAUGAUAGUCAUAUUAGUGGCGCCUCAUUGGCCUUGGAGAGCGUGGUUCUCGGAUCUCAGAGGUCUACUCGCAGACAAUCCGUGGACACUCCCGCUACGUCCAGCCCUGCUACAACAGGAUCCAUUCCUGUACCUCGAUUUAGCGCUGCUGCGUUUGAUGGGGUGGCUGUUGAAACCACUCUCUUCAGAUGAGAGGGCAUUCCAGAAUCAGUUAUACCAACCAUGUUACAUGCUAGAAAGAGAAAGCCAGUAACGGCAGCUCAUUAUCAAAGGAUUUGGCAUGCCUGUAUAGGGUGGUGUGAAGCUCGGAAUUUUCCGACCUCAAGUUAUCCUUUCAAGUUAUCCCGUCUUUUGCUAUUUUUACAGACUGGGUUAGAUGGAGAACUGCGUUUAUCUACACUAAAGGUGCAGGUCUCUGCCUUGUCAAUUUACUUUCAAAGGCGUUUGGCCCUUUUGCCAACUGUUCACACUUUCCUGCAAGGUGUCCUCAGAGUACAACCUCCAUUUAUACCACCUACAGCGCCAUGGGAUUUGAAUCUGGUUUUAGAUUUUUUACAGUCUUCAAAUUUUGAACCCUUGCAACAAGUGGAUGUUAAGUUUCUGACUUGGAAUACAGUUUUUCUCCUAGCCUUAGCUUCAGCAAAGCGUGUUUCAGAAUUGGGUUCCCUUGUCCUGCAAGCCACCGUAUCUGGUGUUUCAUGAUGAUAGAGCGGAACUUCGGACGAAUCCCGCUUUCCUACCAAAGGUAGUAUCUUCUUUUCAAAUCAAUCAACCAAUCGUAGUUCCGGUAUUAUCAGAGGGUGCAGGAACUCCAGCUACAUUGGAUGUGGUACGCGUACCCCGCAUUUAUGUAGCCCAAACAUCAACAGUACGUAAAACGGAUAUGUUGUUUGUUCUCUAUGAUGCAGUAGGUUGGCCAGCUUCCAAACAGACCUUGGCCAGAUAGAUUAACUUGACCAUUCAUCAGGUGCACUUUCAUGCUAGUCUAACACCGACUGCAUGUGUCAGCACAUUCCUUGCAUUCUGUGGGAACGUCAUGGGAGCAGGUCAUGGAGCUUUUAUGACGCAACUUUGCAGUGCGGCUACAUGGUCAUCAGUGCACACGUUUGUGCGCUUUUACAAGUUUAAUACGUUUGCGGCAUCAGCAUCUAGCUUUGGCCGUCUAGUGUUACAGGUGCCAAACAGCUCUCCCGCCCAAGGGGGAAACUUUGGUAUGUCCCAAGAGUACUACAGUGACCCAUAGUGGAUGAAAAAAUAGGAUAUUGGUACUUACCAGAUAAAUCCUUUACUUUGAAUCCACAGGGGGCACUGGACGCCCACCCAGAGCAGUUUCACCUGUCCUGUGGUAAGUUCAGUAGAUCUUAUGGUAACGGAUUCUCACCAACUUGCUCAAUUGUUAAGGUGAUUGUUAUCUAUUGUCGCGUCAACUGUUCAGUUGUCCAUUUCAUUAUGUGUCAACUUUAUCGUUGUCCGUUAUGUUAUAAUGUUAUAUGUAAUUCUCUAAUGUUCAUCCUAUCUAUUGCUCCUGUUUGGCUCAGUAAAAACACUGAGGUACCUUGGUGUAUGGAGGAGGUGGAGGGUUACUAAUUUAAAUAUUUAAAUGUGCCUGUCCCUGCUAACACACCGUCCAUAUCUCAAGAGUACUCCAGUGCCCCCUUUGGAUUCAAAGAAAAUAAUUUAUCUGGUAAGAACCAAAAUCCUAUUAUUAUCCCCAAGCAGCACUAAGGUGUCCGAGGGGGAGACCGGGCGGUGGCAGUAGUGGC